AUGUUAAGUCUGAGUGAUUAUUUUAUCUUGUUCUGGUUAAUGACUUUGAAGCAGGCAUUGCACAAACUGUUAACAUUCUCUUUCAAUAAUAGCAGGAAAGAUGUAACAACUGUUGAAGAUCCAUUUGAUGCUCCCACUUACAAUAUACCAGAGAAGCCAAUGACAUUUACAGAGGGAGCUUCAUAUAGUGUUGUUAUCUUGGUAGGGCUUGGAAUAGCUGCUGUAACAGGAUAUGGUGUUUUCAAAGAGCUUAUAUUUGAACCAAAAGACUUCAAACAUGUGAGUUCAAUCGACCCUAACUAUGUUAUCGAUCAACAUCUUGGAAUUAAUAGGAAAAGCGGCGACAAAUUUUGGGUCUCCGCGGGAUCAAACGCCGGUGAUCUUCUCAUCAUGGCGAUUUCAGACUGGCAGAAGGUGUCUAGGAAUAAGAAGGCUUCGGUUUUUGAUCGUAUUAGGGACGAUGACAGAAAUAAUAAGCACAAUGAAUACAUGCGAUCAUUUAAUCAACAAGCAAAUAAAGGAAAUAAUCAUACAACUUAUGCUAGUGUUGUCGUGCCCAAGGUUAAGUCUGUGGUUACCAAAGUUUCUGAUGAGGUCACCAAAGUUUCUGAUGAGGUCAUGCAAUUAAAAUUUGGUGAUUUUAUUCUUGAUCAUAAAUUUUCGAAUAAGGUGGUUCUAGGAAAACUUAAAGAAUUUUCCAUGUUGCUUGUCUUGAAGAAUAUGUGUAAAGCUCAAGGUUUCCCUGGUGUUGACUGUAAAUUUGUGGGAGGUAUGUGGUUAAUGCUGGAAUUUCCUUCACAACAAACCUGUUAUAAUUUUCGCAGCAAUGAAGUGGUCUGUGGUUGGUUUCAUCAGCUUCUUGAUUGGUCUCGUAAUUUUGUUCCUAAGGAACGAUUAGUUUGGCUUGACAUUGAAGGCAUGCCUCUUCGUGCAUGGUCUAAGUCGAAAUUUUCAAAAGUAGCAUCAAAGUGGGGUAUCAUUCGUCAUAUGGAUGAAACGUUGGGACUUAAUUUGUCUAUCAAAGAAGUCAUAGGAUGGUCUCCAUCUUUUAACGAGUCUGUUUCUGUUAAUGAGGAGGAUGACAAUCGUUUUGAAGGCCCAAAUUUGAAUUUUGAAGAGGAUGAUUAUAUUAGUAUUACCUCAUCUAAAGAUAUAGGCAAUGAUGGUCUUAAGGAACAAGACUCUGAUCCCUUUCAGUUGCGUGAUCUGAUAAUGGAGGAUUCACGUAGGAACAAAAUGAUUAAAAAGAAAUUAGUUAAAAAUGGUGGUAAUUCGGUUUUGGAUCUGCCUCAACAUCAUAAGGUGUUGUCAAAGCAAGAUAAAUAUGAUCCGGUUUCUAAUCAUAAAAGGGGUGAUGUCAGUAAGGUUAUGAAUUUUCAAACUGAGGAAAGUGAACAUUUAUCUGCUAGAAUUCCUUCAAUUAAGUAUGAAUCUUCUCCAACUCAUCCGUCUGGAUGGUCUGAACCAGGUGCUUUUGAUGAGCGUUAUGUCCAGCAUUCUCGAGGUGGUGGCGGUUCUUGUUGUUCUCUCCGAUCAAAUAGUGUUCAUCAGGGUAGUAAGCAGCCUUUGGUUGUGGAGGGUCUUGAUGUUCUUAUUCAAAUGGGUCAUGCUAUGGGUUAUUCUAUGCAAGAUUGUGUGCAAGAUAAAGAGGAGGUAAUUAAUAGGUCAUGUGUUAAUCAAGUUUUUAAAUGA